UCCACAGCAUUGCAGCAGUGCGAGAUGUGAGAGCGGCUGCACGACACCGCCAGUGCACCGAAAUGCCUUCCAACCUGCACCCCCAGCACCUCAACAACCCCUCGCUGGCGCCGUUGCUGCCUGGCGGGGUGCCCCGGGGGUUGGCCAAGGGGGCGGGCCUACCCCGGCGAUAUUCCGCCUGCCUUGUCCUGAUGGCUGUGUCCGUGACCAUCUUCCUGCUGCACACUGUCCUCCUGUCCGACGCCAGGAACUUCAGCCAUGUGCCUCUUUUGGGAAGAACCAUUCAAAGUUGGAGCGCGGAGGAGGUGGACGAGGAGGUGCUGGGCGCCGAGCAGGCCGAAGCACUCGCCUUCCAACGACGGCUGCUGGCCGAUGAAAUGAUCGGCUACGUCUACGGCCGGCACGGUGACAACGUCACCUCGCUGGCCGGCCUUGUGCCUGAACUAGGAGGCACCCCUCGCCGCUCUGUGGUGCUCACCACGUGGCGUUCGGGCUCCACUUUUGUGGGCGACGUGCUCAACAGCCAUCCUGCCAGUUGGUACCACUACGAACCCCUGUUGGACUUGGAUAUUGUUCAGGUCAGGGGGGCACCCUUAGCAGAGAAGGCGCAAGAAACUCUGCGGCAGCUGCUCAACUGCAAUUACACUGGCCUUGACCACUACCUCGAGUACGGCAAGAAGCACGUGUUCCUGUUCACGCACAAUCGGCGCCUUUGGCUGCAGUGCGAGGCGCACCCCAAUCUCUGCUGGCGGCCGGACUUCCUCUCGUCCAUGUGCAACCUUUUCCCCGUGCAAAACAUGAAGGUGGUGCGACUCCGCGUGCGUCUCGCCGAGAAACUCCUUCAAGACCCAACCUUGCCGAAUGUGCGAAUCCUGCUUUUGAUUCGCGACCCGAGAGGCACAAUGCAAUCGAGGAGACACAGAGAAUGGUGCCCUGGCAACCCCGACUGCGACGACCCUGCCUUGCUAUGCGCUGACCUCGCCAACGAUUACUAUGCUGCUGUUCGACUUAGUCGAAAGUUCCCUGACAGGUUCAAGGUGAUGCGUUACGAAGACAUUUCUCUUGACCCUUAUCGCAAGGUGAAAGAGAUGUUGUCCUUCCUCCAGCUCAACUUCCACCCGGCCGUGCGGCUAUUCUUGGACACGCACACCAAGGAGAACGUCGGAGGCGUGAGCAGCACAUUCCGCGACUCAAAGGUCGCGCCGUUCCACUGGCGGCAGGAUUUGUCCCAUCGGGACGUGCGGCGCAUUCAGAACGUGUGCGUCGAGGCGAUGAAGCUGUGGGGCUAUGUGCCGGCGCUCUCAGCCGCCCACCAGCUCGAGUUCAAGCCGCUCGCUAAGUUCAAGCUCAAGUGAGGCCCGCGCGGGGGCGCCAAAGGCCCCCUGUAGGCACUUCCGCACUUUGUUUGAUUUCCGUCGUCCACAAAAAGCUGCUCUCACCAACAGGGCUGUCACGCGGCCGGUUUUGAGCCACGUCCUCUGAAACGGACGAAUCAACAUUCCAUACUAAUAAGUGAAGUUAUUUCUUGAUAACUGGAAUCUAAUUUGAAAAAUUUGCUCAUUGAAAUUACGUUCAUUCUCUAGGAUGAAUUUAGGCAAAACCGAGCCACCUGAGGGCGCUGUUUGGGCACCUUUUACUCUUAAAUUGAUUUGUCAGCGCCAGGGCAGUGAUCGAAGUGAUAGAUUUUGCUGAAAAUUGUUUGUUGGCCAGCCUACGAAUUUUUAUAAUUUUGCUCAUUCCACAUGAAAUUGAAAAUCACAAACAAAAACUAAUCGAGUGGAUAAAUUAUAUGUAUAAAUUAUCCUUCACUGGCCAGCAGUAAAAUCCGCCUUGCAAAUUCAUAUGGGUAAAGCAGUUUUAGCGCAAACAGAAAACAGGGUCCAAAAAACGAGGUGGAGCGUACGGAAAAAGCAGCCACCAAAUUAAAAUGUACGAAAUGGACGAAAAUCGAUUGAAAAUUGGUCACAAAUUCGCGGACCAGAGAAUGAGGAAGACAAUAAGAGGAGAGCAGUUGAACUACAAUUCUUGUAGCCUUUUGUGAUCUCAAACUGGCGAUGCUGAUAAAACGAGAAACGAGAGAUAGAGACCGAGUCAGACCGAAUUUAGUGAGCUAGGCUGUAAUUGCUCAUCGCUAAUUUUACGAAUAAUUAUAUACAUGCAUAUACUAGAAA